AUUGGAACCCCACCACAACAUACUAGAAUUGAUACAGACUAGCACUUUGUAUAGAUUUAGUCCACUAAAACUACCUUCUUUCUCUAUAUAAACAUCCCAGAAUUGAACCCCUUGGACUCUCAACCAGCUCCGAACAAACAUACUAAGAACCAUAAUGGCCACCUCAAGACUCCUUAAGUUGGCCUGUCUAGUUGUAGCCACAUUGCUCGUAUUAGGCGCGCCCAAGGGCAAAAGCUGCGGUCAGGUGGUAAGAUACCUAAUGCCGUGCGUCUCCUACGUGGUAAAUGGCGGAACUGUGCCAGCGGCAUGCUGCAGCGGGAUCAGGACGCUCUACAGCUUAGCAAAGACCACCGACGACCGCCAGGGAGUCUGCACGUGCUUGAAAGACGCCAUCAGCGGGUUCUCUUACAACGGCAAUAAUGUAGGCCUUGCAGCCAGGCUGCCUAGCAAGUGUGGCCUCAAUCUUCCUUACAAGAUCAGCCCCUCUACUGACUGCAAAACGGUCAAGUGAAAUCGAUGAAAAUAGUGGAUCAUCUACAUAAAGGAUAUGUAGUCGUUUUCAGAAUAAAUCGGUGUUUUCUUUCACCGAAAUUGUCACUGAUGGUACCGUACUAUGGUAGUGGACCUGACAAAUUAUGAUCAGUUAUAUUAAUGUGUCGUUUGUGAUGAAGUUAAUGGAACUACGUUGUAACAGCUAGUACUCUCUUUAAAAGUUCUAAAUCUUAAGUUAAUGGUAUGAUUUUUUUUUUUUU